AUGUUCCAAGCUAACCGAUUACCAAAGAACAUUGAGAGGACCCAGAUUUGCCGACCAGUACCAAGCCCAAGAUACAAAGAUCACAAGGGGACAGUCCAGAUAGUCCAGUCCGAGAAAGACAAGUAUUACGAUAACAACCAAGCGGAGAAACCUCUGGCGCUAAGAGAGGGCACAGACCUAGGUCAGACCUAA